AUCGUGUGUUAGAAAUUGUGUUAACAAAAUGUUAAAGAAAUUUGUUUGCUUCUUUGUGCUGAUUAGUGUAAUCGGACUCAUCAGCGAAUGGCCAAGCGCCCAUGGAAAUGCUGCAUAUUCAAUAGGGUCUCCUGGAUAUUUGUCAGGAAAUUCGUUCGACUCUGAUAAAGAUGCAUUCGACGCAGCUGAAGAUUCAUUAGACCCUGCUGGAGAUUCAUUAUACUCUGUUAAAAAUUCUUUACGCUAUGCUAGAAAUUCAUUAAACGCUUUUUCAGAUUCAUUUGAGUCUGAAUCAGAUUUAGUUGAGUCUGAUUCAGAUUCAUUUGCCGUCUGUUGAUGGCAGAUAUGAAAUGAAUUAAAACUUAGAGAAGACAAUUGUAAAUCAAAAUAUUGACUUUGAAUGUAAAUAUAAUAUUCUUACCAGAGUAA